AUGAUGCGAAAAAUAGUAAAUCCUUCUUCUAUCAAUAAUCUCGAGAGCCCGCGCCUCACCCUUACCAUCUAUUUCGCCCUUUGGAAAGCGCUUCUGCUCACUCUCGUGCUCCUGAGCCCCGGCCCGGGCUAUGAUGUCUCCACACAUCUUCUCCCGAAUUUUGAGCCGGUUGAUGCAGCUUCGAGCGUCUUGAGACGAGCACAGCACCAUCUAGCAUCUAGGUUGAUCAGAUGGGAUGCUAUAUACUUCUCCCAGAUCGCGCGCCGGGGCUAUGUAUUUGAGCAAGAAUGGGCAUUUGGGUGGGGUCACACGCGUCUUCUUGCCUUUGUCGGGCACUGGGUCGCUGGAUCCAGGGAGGUUGCAGGUGUGGAAGAUGUUGUGUUAGCUGGGAUGGUCCUUGCGCAUCUUUUUCACUGGAUGAGUGUGAUAGUGCUCUACGACCUCACUCUGGAAGUUUGGAAGGCUAAAAAACGACAGAAGGUCGUAACAUUUGCCUUCUUGUGUGCCGCGUUGCAUAUUGUGAGUCCAGCAGGCGUAUUUCUCAGUGCCCCGUAUGCGGAGAGCACGUUCUCGCUACUCAAUUUCGUAGGCUGCUACCUGUACGCAAAAGCUUUGCGACGGCAGUCAAAGGACGCAGAAGUGGUCGCAGCUGGCUUGCUCUUACUUUCAGGCGUCGUGUGCGGCGUUGCUACGACUUUCAGAGGGAAUGGCUUGCUCAGUGGACUUCUUUUCGUUCUUGGUGCUGGUAAAGAAGUCGCUCAUUUUCUCGUCAACGUGAAGAAUCGAGCCCGUCGUGAUGCUCUUCUCGCUUUUCGUCGGCUCCUGUAUUUUGGCUUAAGUGGUGCUCUCAUGGCAUGUACUGCUUUCUGGCCCCAGUACUUUGCCUUUCAGCAUAUAUGUGUUGACCUCCAUGAUGGUAAAGGACGGCCAUGGUGUUACUCUUAUUUGCCGAGUGUUUACAGCUGGGUGCAGCAGGAGUAUUGGGGCGUCGGCUUUCUUCGUUAUUGGACUAUGUCCAAUAUUCCCCUCUUCAUGCUCGCAGCUCCGAUGCUCGUCAUAAUGAUUUCCUCGAGUAUUUGGGCCUGGAUCGAAGGGUCAUCUAGGAAUGGAAACUUAAUUCGAUAUGGCGAUGUACCACCGAUGACUGUUGUCUUGCAUUUGGCAAUGCCGCAACUUGUACUUUGUCUUCUCGCGCUAACGACAUAUCACGUUCAAAUCAUCACGAGGCUUUCCUCUGGCUAUCCCAUCUGGUACUGGUGGCUCGCCGUGCUUGUAGUCAGGCAUCCGGAGAUGGCAACGUUGGGGACGAGAUUCAAGGUUAGCAAAGGAAUACUGAGAUGGAUGGUCCUGUAUGGAAUUAUCCAGGCAGGAUUUUACGCCAGCUUCCUACCGCCGGCUUAA